AUGGAGAAGGUUAAUUUAACUCGUGGAGGAACAACCCGUGGAGGUAAACACCGUGGUGGCGUUUCAGGUCGUGGCUCACAACAAAAUACACGUUAUCAUGCUUCAAUCUUAAAGAAUAAUGACUUCCUAGUCUCACAACAAAAUACACAGCCAACUUUAAACAUUUCAGCCUCACAAAAUAAUAUAACAAAAACACUUUGUGCUACUACAGCCUCACGAAAUAAUAUAAUAAAUACUCUUCGUACCUCACUAGCUUCUGGCACUUCAGCUUCAUAA